AUGGAUUUCAUGAAGGUCAUCGAUCAAACUGUUCGUGAAAUAAAGAGGGAGGUGAAUUUGAAAGUCCUGAAGGUUCCUGAGAUCGAACAAAAGGUAUUGGAUGCGACAGAUGAUGAACCUUGGGGUCCGCAUGGUACUGCAUUGGCAGAAAUAGCCCAGGCCACCAAAAAGUUCUCUGAAUGUCAGAUGGUUAUGAAUGUCCUUUGGGUAAGAUUGAGUGAAACUGGCCGUACUUGGCGUUAUGUCUACAAGGCAUUGGCUGUCAUUGAGUAUUUGGUGGCCCAUGGAUCAGAACGUGCAGUUGAUGACAUAAUAGAACAUACUUUCCAGAUCUCAUCUCUCGCAAGUUUUGAAUAUGUUGAGCCAAGUGGGAAGGAUCAGGGAGUCAAUGUGAGGAAGAAGGCAGAAAACAUCGUGUCUCUUUUGAAUAAUAAAGAUAAGAUACAAGAAGUUAGAAAUAAAGCUGCUGCAAAUCGUGAGAAGUAA